AUGCAAUUCCGUUUCCAGGAAUCCGAUCGGAUUUUGUCGGAUGGUCGGAUCCGUGUUAAAGUAGCACCAUCGUAUUCGAUGAAGGUUGGGUUAUCAGCUGUAAAAGCGGCUGUUAAGUUCUUUCAUAAACUUUUACUUCCUCAAUCGGUGCAAUUAUUUUCAACUGAUUCAAUCGACGAUAAAAAAAUGAUAAUCAACGAACUGAAAGUCGUUAAAUAUCCUGUCAACUGUUUUUCAAUGAGCGACCUAACCGCUAAUAGUAUUUUUCAUAAUCAUAAACGAGAUAAUGUCGAUGUAAAAAAGAUUCUGUCCAACUUGAAGCAUAAACAUUUACUAAAACGUGCAGACGAUGAACAAAUUAAAUCUUUUCAAAACCAAUUGAACGAGAGUUAUGGUUUUACAUUGGAAAAAUAUAUUGAUUAUUACGAAAAGGGCUCCGAUAGUAAAUCAUCGUUAAGUGAAGUAACUGGGCAAGUGCUAGUACAACAGCGUUCAUGGAUUGAAGAAUUACGAGAAAAAAUUCUCAACAACGUCAUCGAACAAAAGAAAUCAGAACCACCGAGUCCGUUGUCGAUACAAAUGUCUCAAGUCGAAGACAUUUUCGACGAUGUCAUUGUCGAUAUUAACGAUGACACAAAUGAUUUACAAACAACGUGUUCAAAUACUAUUGAAUUGACGAAUGCUAUUCAACAAAUGAAUGUGUCAUCAAAUGAAUGUCACGAAGAUAUUUCGAUGGAAAAUCACGACGUACCAUUGGAUCAUCAUAGAAACAACGACGAUGAUAUUCGUGAUUGUUUAUCUUACGUACUUGAGCAAGUGGUCGAACUCGUCAAUGUGACUGAUGUAACAAUGAUUGAUCGAGUUACCGAUCAUAGUGAAACAGCGUCGUCAACUGAAUUGUCGAGAAAAACCACGACAUGUACUGUUGACAAAUAUGUAUCGAAUAAUAUCAAAGUGUUAUGCGAUAAGCUUCUAUUAUCGAACACAAUUGUUAUCUCUCGAACGAAGUUGAAUAAGAUUUGCAAAAUCAAUAUAGACGAUAUUGAGAAAGCAUGUAAAGUAUUGAUUGACUAUGGUUUGUUGUCACUGGAAACAAAUGUUUUGGGAAACAAGCAUUGCUAUUACGAAUCAUUUCUCAAACAAAUUCCGAAAAGUCAAUCAGAAUUAUUGGAUUUUUCAAUGAAAUUAUCCAUAUUUGGAAUUGAUAAUAUCAACAGCUAUUAUGCUACGUUAAAAACCAUUGAUACUCAAAAUGCCACAUAUCUAACUCCAUAUGGACAAUCGAUUUUAAAACAAGUAUAUAGUAAUCAUAAUGUGAAAAUCAAUGAAAGUGCAAUCAUGCAACCUGUGAAACAGCAUUGCCGUCGUUUGUUCAACGCAGGGAAUGAUCAGCAUGAUUCGGAUGAAGAAAACUUAUCUACAUUGAGAACAAGUGAAGCAGGAAAUGUCGAACAAUCAUCGGAACCACCGAGUUCGAAGAGUAAAAGACGACGUGAAUUGACUGGAAAAUGGAAAGAAUACCGAGAACAAAGUCAAUCUAAAAAGAAAAAAAAAGACGAUCAGUAG